AUGCCCGCCUCCGGCGGGCCCGCUGCGCUGCCGGCCUUGUGCGUGGCGCUGAUAGCUGGCCUGGACUGGCGAGCGAGCCCCCUCCGGCCUGGACCCGUGCCACGUAGGGAGGCUCUGGUGUGGCUCGACGGGGACGCCGACGCCGGCGUCGUGGCCUUGUUGACGGCUCCGACUCCCACGGGGGAAGAGUGGUGCGCUGAUCUCCCUCGCGGUGCUCUCGCCCGGGUGAGCUACGACGACGACGUCAGGGACCUCGAGCGUGUCGUGGUCUGGCCCUCGCGUCAAGGGGAGGCUGUCGAGCGGGUGGGUCUGCACUUCUACUGGGUCCUCUCGCCCGACGGCAACUGGUGGAGGGAGCUGCUCUCAGGGGCCUCACCUACUGGCCCUUCGGACGACGAGCGCAUCGCCGACGGGGGUGCCUCGCCUGCUGAUGGCCUGAAGCCGUACAGCUUCCGCGAGCGGCCGACCCCUACUCAGCUCCUCGCCUCUGGCAUGCUGCUGGAAGGCGGGGAGGUGUCCCCGUGGGCCGUGCCGCCGUGGCCGUCGCACCGACUCCACGGGAGGCAGGGGCACGUCUGGGUGCUGACCGAGCCAGUGUUCGACCUGGACAUCGGCGCGCUCGCGGACCCGUCGAGCGAGACGCUCAUCGGCGCUGGAUUGGGUGCCCCCGGGCCCCGUCGCGGGCGGACGUUUCGUCGGGAGCUGGUGCCGCGGGACGGCGGGGCAGGCUGGGCGUCACGCCGCGUGGCCGAGCUGAGCCGUCUCCUGGAGGUGGCAGUUCCCGUGGCGGCGCUCGGCUCCCCUCCCCCGGGCGGUGUCCUGGAUGGCGCCGCUGCCAGCGGCGCGGAGGGCGCUCCCGCCCGGGAUGGCGCUCCGUCGGCUGGUGCCUUGGCUGACGCCGCUCGAGAUGGCACUCGCAUGUUCUGGAUCGAGUGGGGCGGCCAAGGGGAGCGGUACAAGGGGUUCAGAGAGGCCGCGAACGAGUCGGCGGACUGUGUCGAGGGCCACCAGCGUCAGGAGGACGGCCUGACUCGCCUGCACACCUGCAAGAUGAUAUACCACACGAUGGGCACCCCUCGGAGUUGGCUCGAGAAGUUCUUGAGUGACAAGCGCGUCGUGCACGCCGACCGGGUCGCCCCUGGGCCCUGGCCGCCGAUGGAGGUGCUCGAGGAGGCCGUGUCCUUCGACCAGGCCAACUUGGGGGGGCUCGCUCUCCUUGUGGUGGCCGAGCGCCGGCUCAACGUGACCGUGGACGCCUAUAAGUGCGCUGGCACCCCCUCGUUCGCCACCGCCAAGUACUUGGCUCCGCUGGGCGAGUCAGACGAGUCAACGGCGCCGCCGCCGAGGAGCCACGUGGCCUACCACAUGAAGGAGGUCUGUGGGGUCGAGCGGUCCGUGAUGAAGGCCGAGGCUGCGGAUGCUCGUGUGACGUCGGGAUCUGCUGCAAUCCAGCCGGGCGCUGAGGGUGCCACCACAAGGAUCGGCGGCCCAGUCAUGACCGAGAAGGCGCGGCCGGGGGAGUGGGCCCCCCCCGGCUGGUACCGCAAUCUGGCCCGCGCCUCACCGCUGCCGCCGUCCGAUUUUGAGAGAGACUUGUUCCCCGUGCCGAUGAUGGCUACGCCGGGCGGCUCCGCCCGUGGGCGCAGGUCUCAGCAUAGGACUCACGCUCGGCAGGAAUUGGUGAACCGCGCCCUCCGCAGCUUGAACUGGUUGGCUGGCUUCAAGGGCGCUGCCGCUUCACCGAGUCUGGGCGCGACGACCCUGGACAAGCAUGCAGCCCUUCAGCAGCACUUGCUUCGUGAAGCUCAUCGGCGACAGGCCGCAGCUCCGCAGGUGAUGCCGAGGGCGGAGGCAGCCCUGAGGGAGCUGCUCCGGGGGCAGUCCGUGUACGAGACGGACUUGGCCCCAAGGAACCUCGUCUCCUACCUGCCCGGCAAGGUCUCGCUCCCCGACAGCGUGCUGGACUGCCGCUUCAUCGAGGAUAUCGUGAGCCCUGGGUGCCGCUCGUUCUUGGAGGAGAACCACAAGCGUAUGAGGUUGGAGCCGGAGUCAGUCAACUUCGACAGCAUGCCGCGGCUAUACAUGGACCCGGUGCUGAAGAGGAACUCCAAAUCCUACCGUACCUUUCUGCGAGAUCUUGCUGGACGCGGACUUCUUGGUGUAACGGCUAGGCCCGCCGAGUCGGUGGGCUUGUUUUUCGUAGCUAAAACGAACGGGGCACAGCGUAUGAUAAUUGAUGCGAGGUGGAGCAACGGCCACUUCAGAGCUCCGCCAGGCGCGCAGCUUCUCAGCAGUGAGGGUUUCGGUCGGAUCGAGAUCGAGUUGCCGCCUGGUGUUCUGCCCUCGUCGGUUGAGGGGCAGCGGCUCCUGGAUGCCUUCGCCGUCUACGUGGCCACCACCGACGUGAAGGACUGCUUCUACCGGAUGCGCGUACGCGAGGACCUUGGCCGCUACUUCUGCCUGCCCGCCGUCCCCAAGUACGUGUUCGACGGCCUGCAGGUGACCGGCGUCCCGGCGGAGACCCCGCCAGACGCUCCCGUGCGGCCCUACUUGGCCGUGCUGCCCAUGGGGUUCACGCGGUCGUUGUACCUGGCCCAGGCGGCGAAUGAGGACAGGGCGUGCCGAAGCCCCAGCCUGUGCAAGGCGAUGCCGGCUGGCAGGCAGCAGCCCUUGAUUCAGGACCAGGCCGAGGCCUUCGUGCUUCGCGCCGCCUCGCGCGGGGUCGGGGGCGCCUACGUGCACGUGGACAACCUAGGCGCCGUGUCGGACGACGCCGAUCUCAGUGAGAGGAUGGUGUCAGAAUGGAGCGAUCUUUUCGAGCCGGUCGGGCUGGCGCUCCACAAGUCAGAGUCCCACGGGGGCGCUGGUGAGGCUCUCGGCACCGAGCUUGACGGCGUCCGCCUUCGCUCGGGGAUCACCUCGAGCCAGUUUUGGAAGCUCGAGCGAGGCUCAACUGGCCCUCUCGCUCGGGGGCGUUGCAGCGGCCAGGCGCUUGAAAAAGUAAUCGGGCAUUGCACGUUUUGCGGCCUGGCGGCUCGUGAGUCCCUGUCUAUCUUCCACACUGUCUAUAAGUUCAUUUCGGUUCAGUAUCUCGACGUGGGCCCGAUGUGGCCCGAAGUGGUCGAGGAGCUCGUAGCUUUUAGAGGGGUCCUUUUGCUUCUGGGCCGCGACUGGUGGCUGCCGUGGAACCCUUGCGUUUUAGAAACCGACGCCAGCCUAGCGGGCUGGGCGAUGGCCCAAAGCUUCUGGGACCCAGCUCAGGUCGCCGGCGUCGGUCGCGUCAGCGAGCGCUCCCGUUUCGAGCGCGUCGGUGCUCACUCCGCUCGGGAAUCCGCACUCACUUCCGCCCACCUCUUCCGUGACGAGUCAGGCGAGUGGAGAAGCCAGCUUCUAGGAGACGAUCCUCUUUCAGACGACUGGGAGGUCGUUGCGGGUUUUCCCGAAGUCCCCUGGCAGCUCCUCCGGGGCUCGGCCUGGAAAACCGUCCGGAAGGGGGUUUGGGGCCUUAGCGAGGGCAUUCUGGUGCUGGAGGCCCGGGUCUUGGUGAAGGCCAUCCGUAGGCUCGCCAGGACCAGGCGCGGGUCUUGCAUCAGACAACUUUUCUUGCGUGACAAUAUGGCCGUGGUCCUUGCUUUUGCCCGCUCGAGGAGUCAGGACUUCAAGCUUCUGGUCCAGAUUCGACGCUUCAACGCCUACGCUCUUGCCCUUGGCAUCGCCCCAUAUUUUAGAUGGACCCCUUCGGAGUUUAACCAGAGCGAUGCCGGGAGCCGCGAUCACUCGGAAGAGUCUGUCCCGACGGAUGUGCGCUCGGACGCAGCAGCCGACGUGGGCCCCAGUGCGGCCGAUCUCUCCAGGCUGCCGACGCCGCCUCCUGUGGCGCUCGAGGACCUCGCUCCCGCGGCCUCCGCUGGCGACGACGAGGCGGGCGCCGAGGGAGAGGGCGAGUCGAACGGGCCCGACAGCGCGGUGAACCAUGCGACGGCGGCUUCGAGGAGAUCUCGCCGCCUCCAGGACUCCCGGCGCCAACGCCAAGCGGCCCUCCACACGGACAUGUUCACGCAGGCCGUUGUCGGGGGGCCCGCGUUGCUGGAGCGUCUGGCGGUGACUCGCCGGGCGAGGGAACGCUGCGCCAAUUAUCUCGAUCGUUCUUACUCGCAUGCCGACCCGACCAACGACGAGCUCAUGAGGGGCACGAACCAGGCCGUGGACUGCUGGGCGUGCGACUACUUCAACGCGAUGUACCUGUCCGAGGAGCAGAGCGGCCUGGAGGACCAGACUGGAACUGCCCCGGCGGGCCGGCGCCCAGCUUUCGACCAGCGGGGCGGGGGAGCCCCGCCGCGGACGUGGCGGGCGCUGGAGGCGUGGAGACGACGGGCGCCUCCGCGGACCCGCCAAGCACUGCCGUUCGCCGUGCAGUCGCCGGGGGUGUGGCUGCUGGCGGACAAGGGCCGCCCGCUCAUGGCUCUGUUCUUAGCGGUGGGCCUCUCCGCCUGUUCCAGGUCCUCUUCUCUGGUGGCAGCUCUAAGGCGCGCCCUGGUCCCACCGCCGCGUGCAACAGUGGACAGCUGGAACCUUCCGACUCACCCCGAGGAGGAGGGAAGACCGAGCAAAACAAAUCGCUACAACGAGGAGUGCCUCCUGGACUCGAGUUACUUCCAGGGGGCAGGCCCUCUAUUCCCCGAGCCCGAAGUAAGCAAAGACCGGCCAAUGCUGUGGCCUUUCGCGCACCUGGAGCUUUCAGAGGCGGUGCAUCUGGCGGCGGCCGAGGACGGGGUCGACAGGUUGACGCUGUACCACCUCCGCCGCUCAGGCGCGAGCAUCGACGCCAGCAAGCUCUCGCGUACCCUAGAGGAGAUGCGGAUGCGGACCUGGCAGUCGCUCGUGCCAAGCUGA